UGAGUAUCUUGUAGUGGGGUCCUUACGACGAAGGUCUUGGCCUUAAUUGCAAGAUGGCGACUUCCAGUAGAAGUCAGGUGUUAUCUUUGUACCGAAUGCUUAUGAAAGAAAGCAAGAAAUUCCCUUCAUAUAAUUACAGGACGUAUGCCCUCAGAAGAAUUAGAGAUGCCUUCAGGGAAAAUCGGACUGUGAGUGACCCCAAAGCCGUGGAGACUCUGUUGAAUCGAGCCUGGGAUAGCCUGGCAGUCAUCCAGCGACAGGUGUCCAUUGGGAAGCUCUACACUGCUCAGAAGACCGUCGUGGAGGACCGAGGGGCGAAGGCGACCGACUGAGCCGGGAGAGGGGGAACCUGGAUGAUGCGUCUGCUGAAGGGAGGGCGCAGGGGAGUCGGGGCAUUCGCCCCCUUAAGCUUGAGCUCCCGACGGGGAGCACACGACAGGAAAAAGGGGGACCUGUGCUGCUGAGGCCCGGCUGUUUCCUGCCAUUGCCUUUCUCUCGCGGGUCUUCUCCACAACGCUGUGGUGGCAUGUUGAGCAGCUUUACGUCAGCCAUAUUCACUGUGAGCUUGUACGAUGCUGUACACCCUGCCUUGAUUCCCUUUUGUUAUUUGAUUUAACUUUUAAACAGUUUAUUGUUACACUAUAUAAAUACACGUGUAUAUAUUUCUUUGUUUGAACUGAAUUUGAAACUGAAUUAAAGGUAUGUAUUUGAAUCAGAA